UUCUACAAACCAAUUGGCGGUACAGUUGCUCGUGCAGACACAAAUACGUGUUACGGUUAUAUACCUCCUUGUAGCUGCAGCACAGACCUUGUAGAUACAUGGCGACGGGCAUGAAGGCUGCAGUGAAGCAACCGGAGGAUGUCAAUGGCAGUGGCGGCGACGACGUCCCCUUCGACCCCUCCAUGUGGAGGGACUACUUCAUCACAUACACCGCUCCCCUCUCACAGGCAAGAACGGAGGAGUGGAUGAGGGCGCGGGCAGAGACGCUCACCGGGGAGGUGCGCCGCACGAUGUUGGACGUCGCCGGCGAUGCCAACGACGACUCGUCGGCGGCGGCGAUGUUGGUGGACACGCUCGAACGCCUCGGCUUGGACGGCCACUUCCGCCAGGAGAUCGGCGCGGCGAUGGGGCGUCUCUGUCGCGAGGUGGCCUCCGACAGAGACGACCUGCACACUGUUGCCCUUCGGUUUCGUCUGCUCAGGCAGCAUGGGCUACGGGUGUCUGCUGAUGUGUUCGACAAGUUCAGAGAGGGGUCAGGUGAUUUCAGCCCAAGCCUACGUAAUGACUCGAGGGGCUUGCUGAGCCUGUACAACGCUGCUCACACUGCAACACCUAACGAGGCCAGCCUAAACUAUGCCAUCGCCUUUGCCAGGCGUCACCUCGAGGCCAUGAAAGAUGAGCUUACACCACCAAUGGCGAAGCAAGUCUCUCGCGCCCUUGACAUCCCUCUCCCAAGGUUCCCAAGGAGACAUGAGACCAUGAAUUAUCUUGCUGAAUAUGAGAAGGAAGACGAACACAACAGCAUGUUGCUUGAGCUCGCGAGGCUGGACUUCGAUCUUGCUAGGUCUCUCCACCUCAAGGAGCUCAAGACCCUUUCCAUGUGGUGGAGAGAACUCUACGACAGCGUGAAGCUGAGCUAUGCUCGAGAUCGUCUAGUGGAGUCGUACUUAUGGAUCUGCGGUGUGUUCCACGAGGAGGACUACUCUCGUGCCAGGAUCAUGUUUGCAAAGUUUUUUGGAUUACUGUCACUGAUGGAUGAUACGUACGAUGUCCAUGCCACCCUGGAUGAGUGUUUUAAGCUCAAUGAAGCUAUACAGAGAUGGGAUGAGAGUGCGGUUUCUAUUCUACCAAAAUACUUGCGCGUGUUUUACAUCAAGCUGCUGAACAACUUUAACGAGUUGGAGGAUAGCCUGGAACCACACGAGAAGUACCGCAUAUCUUACACCAGAAAUGCAUUCAAGCUGUCGUCUGAAUAUUACCUCCGUGAGGCCAAAUGGUCGAACGAAAACUACGCACCGAGCUUCGCUGAGCAGCUAGAGGUGUCAUCCAUGUCGAGCUACCCGUUGCUGGCCCCAGCAAUGCUGAUGGGCGUCGGCGACGACGGCGUGGCAACGGCGGAGGCGUUCGAGUGGGCGGCCGCCGUCCCCGACAUGAUCAGCGCUAGCGGCGAGGUGGCCCGCUUCCUCAACGACAUCGCCUCCCACGUGGUGAGGAAGAGCAAGAAGGACGUGCCUAGCACGGUGGAGUGCUACAUGGCGGAGCACGGCAUGGACGGGGAGGCGGCCGUCGCGGCGGUGGCCGCGCUGGCGGAGCGCGCGUGGAGGACGAUCAACCGGGCGUUCCUGGAGAUGGACCCCUCGCUGCUGCCGGCGGCGCGGCUGAUCGUGAACCUGACCAAGAUGCUGGAGGUGAUAUACCUCGGCGGCGGCGAUGUCUACACCUUUGGUGACGGCCUCAAGGGCCUCAUCAGCAGCCUCUUCCUCAAACCCGCCAUUGUCUAUACACAAUGAUAUAUACUAGAGCAAUUUUACCAUCCUUAAAAAAACCAUACUAGCAGGUACCACUGUUUUCUUGGUAUUUAGAUUCGUAGUAUAUGUGCUGUCCAGUCGUGUACUAUGUGGCUAUAUUUUGGGACAGUGGAAUAAUUUAUAUGAUGUUGUUAGUCCAAGCGUGCAUGGCAUGCGUGUAGUUGUGGAACUGGAAAAAUUGGAGCGUGGGAUGGCACGUUCUAAAUCUCAUGCUCUUGUAAGUUGGUAGAUGCAGUAUAUAAGUAGCAGUAAGUAACCUGCAUCUUGUAUGUUUUUCACUUUAGUUCCCAAGAAAGAAAACCCCUAAAAACUGUCGCAAAA